GGUCACCAGCGACAUCAACAAACUGCUGUGAAUACCUAGCGCUGCUUUGCUUUUCUGUUUAUUUGUCGUGGCAGUCACAUCCGUGACAUUCGCAAAAUCAUUCCUAGAUGGCCAACGCUGGUGACUCCACUGUAGCAGUCAUCGGAAGCGGCCUCAUAGGCAGGAGUUACGCCAUGCUCUUCGCCAGUGCCGGCUACCAGGUGUCGCUGUAUGAUGUUGACAUCGAGCAGAUCAACAGGGCCAAGGACGCCAUCAGGUCUCAGCUACAGCAGCUGGAAGAAGAGGGUUUAUUGCGGGGCAGUCUGUCCAAGGACGAGCAGUACCAGCUGAUACGAGGGGUCGCUGACCUGAAGUCCUGCGUGGAAGACGCCUUCUUUGUCUUGGAGUGUGUUCCUGAGCAGCUCGAAAUCAAACAAAAUGUCUGGAAGGAAGCCGAAACCUUCAUCACGCGCGAUGACGUCAUUCUAUCAAGUUCCACGAGCGCCUUGUUGCCCUCGGACAUUUCACGAAACUUUCGCCGAAAGGAACGAUUCGUCGUCUCACAUCCGACCAAUCCACCAUUUUAUGCCCCUCUCGUGGAAGUGGUACCUGCCUCUUGGACAGACGCUGACGUUGUUACCAGGACACUCAAGCUGUUAGGGAGCAUAGGACUGGUUCCCGUGUUGGUCAGAAAAGAAGUGAAAGGUUUCGUACUCAACCGGAUACAGUGUGCCAUCCUGGGAGAAGCAUGGCGUCUAGUCAAGGAUGAGGUUCUGGCACCUCGUGACGUAGAAAAGGUCAUGUCAUGCGGUCUUGGUGCGCGUUGCUUUAUAGGACCAUGGGAAACAUCUUACCUGAAUGCUGAAGGAAUGUACGUCUUGCGAGAUCGCUACGCUGACACGUUCCUCGCCAUCCAGCAGGACAUGGGCCCACCGGAGAAAAUGGAAGGACCAGUACUCGACCUCAUCCAGAAAGACCUGGAGGCCAUAGCAGGCCCUCUUGCAGACAUCGACAAGCGGAGACAGUGGAGGAACCGUCGCCUGGCUGCUCUGGCCAAACUGAAGAAGGACUUGAAUGACACUGGACCUCAGUGGAAGUUGUGCGAACGUUGCAGCAUUAAAAAAAAAAUGGCUGACAGCGGUGACCGCAAAGUUGCAAUCAUCGGCAGCGGCCUCAUUGGCAGGAGUUACGCCAUGCUCUUCGCUAGUUCUGGCUACCAGGUGUCGCUGUACGACAUUGAAAUCGAGCAGAUCGACAAGGCCAAGGACGACAUCAAAUCUCAGUUGCUGAAACUGGAAGAAGAGGGUUUAUUGCGAGGCAAUCUGUCUAACGAGCAGUACCAACUGAUUCAGGGGGUUACCGACCUGAAGUCCUGCGUGGAAGACGCCUUCUUCGUCUUGGAGUGUGUUCCCGAGCGGCUGGAAAUCAAACAAAAUGUCUGGAAGGAAGCCGAACCCUUCAUCACGCGCGAUGACGUCAUUCUAUCAAGUUCCACCAGCGCCUUGUUACCCUCGGACAUUUCAAGAAACUUUCUCCGAAAGGAACGUUUCAUUAUCUCACAUCCGACCAAUCCUCCAUUUUACGUCCCUCUUGUGGAAGUGGUACCUGCCUCCUGGACAGACGCAGACGUGGUCACCCAGACACUCAAGCUGUUAGAGAGCAUAGGACUAGUUCCUGUUCUGGUCAGAAAGGAAGUGAAAGGCUUUGUCCUCAAUAGGAUACAGUACGCCAUCCUUGCGGAAUCGUGGAGACUUAUCAGAGACGGGGUCAUGACAGCAGGUGACUUAGACAAGGUCAUGUCCUGUGGCCUUGGUGUUCGGUAUGCCUUUAUGGGACCAUUUGAAACUGCCUACCUGAACGCUGAAGGGAUGCACAGCUACAGUGAACGCUACGCGGACAUGAUUUUGGGCAUUCAGCAGGACAUGGGCCCACCGGAGAGGAUGGACGGGCCAGUCUUGGACCUCAUCCAGAUAGACAUGGAAGCCACUGUCGGCCCAGUCUCGGAAAUCCAGCAGAGGAGACAAUGGCGGGACCGCCGGCUGGCCGCUCUGGCCAAACUAAAAGCCGACCUGAACAAAAAUGAUUAACAAAAUGCUAAAAGAGAGAUCGUAAAGUGUGACUCCUUCUUUUAAGCAUGAUUGUUUUUUUAAACAUUCAACUUGUGUCUGUUGCUGUAAAUAGCUCUGAUACUUCUCUCUGCUAAAUCAUGCUUAAUGUCGCCUGAUGAAGAAUCUUAUGGUCAUAGCACUGUUCUUAGUAUUUUUGGAAAAUAGUAUCUUGCACUGAGUUUGCACCUGACUAGACCUUUAACACUACUUUUAAAAGUCUUUGAUAAUUUGUAAAGUAUCCCCUGGCACUAAAGAGUAAAUGAUGUAAUUGUAAAAAAAAAAAAAACAGGAAAUACAUUACUGGAAAAUUGUAGGGAUUCAUUUUUUACUGUCAUCAUCCUCUCUUGACAUUUAUGAGCAUGUGACUAUGCAUACAAAUCUCGUUCUGAUGGACAGGUCAUUUCUGUCGAUUCACCUAAAACUCCUACAUAAAUUAUAAAUGUACGGGAUAUAUUUUGUAUUUCACUGGCAUUCCACUUAUGAAGAUGCAAGAAUUGUGUGUAUGACUUUCUAUGUUUGAAUCCAGAUCACAAAUAAAAUCAGUUUGCAAAUU